CCGCCAUGUUGUCCGCUCAGGGCCGGAGCGGCCGGAGCCGAGCCGGGCGCCGCAGCCUCCGCGUCCACGCGAGGUGAGCGGGCCGGACCUGCCCGUGUCCACGCGAGGGACCUCAGCCGUGACGAGCGCCGCCCCCGGUCACCGUUCCCGGCCGGCCGAGCGGUUCUGCCCAGCGACGCCGGGAGAUGCACAUUGGCGUUGGUAAUGAGGACGCUGAAGUCUGUCGCUCAGCGGUCGGUCUCUGUGAAUUCACUCGCAGACCAGCGAGCCUGGCUCCGGUGCUCCCGGUCUCUGAGGAGAGGAGGGGUCGAGAUCCGCAUGGGGGCCGCCAUCUUGGAACGCCGCCAUCUUUAGAAGGGGUCCAGAUCCGCACGGGGGCCGCCAUCUUGGAACACCGGCAUCUUUAGAAGAGGUCGAGGGCCGCACGGGGGCCGCCAUCUUGGAACGCUGACAUCAGAAGGGGUCGAGGGCCACACGGGGGCCGCCAUCUUGGAACGCCGCCAUCUUUAGAAGGGGUUGAGGGCCGCCAUCUUGGGACGCCGGCGCCCCCCCCUCCCCCAGGGGUCCCGCGCGCGGCCAUGGCGGCCAAGGGGGCGCUGCUCAAGGUGAUCCUGCUGGGCGACGGCGGGGUGGGGAAGAGCUCGCUCAUGAACCGCUACGUGAGCGGCCGGUUCGAGGCCCAGCUGUUCCACACCAUCGGCGUGGAGUUCCUGAACAAGGAGCUGGAGGUGGACGGCCAUCUUGUCACGGCGCAGAUCUGGGACACGGCCGGCCAGGAGCGCUUCCGCAGCCUGCGCACGCCCUUCUACCGCGGCUCCGACUGCUGCCUGCUCACCUUCGGCCUGGACGACGCCCAGAGCUUCCGCAACCUGGGCAGCUGGCGCCGCGAGUUCCUCCACUACGCCGACGUGCGCGAGCCCGAGCGCUUCCCCUUCGUGGUGCUGGGCAACAAGCUGGACGUGCGCGCGCGCCAGGUGUCGGCCGAGGAGGCCCGGGCCUGGUGCCGCGACCACGGCGGCCUCCCCUACUUCGAGACCAGCGCGCGCGACGCCACGCACGUGGCCGCGGCCUUCGAGGAGGCCGUGCGCAGGGUGCUGGCCGCCGAGGACCGCGCGGACCACGUGAUGGCCGCGGACACGGUCAGCCUGCGCCGCGAGCCCCGGCCCGGCUCGUCCUGCUGCUGACGGCCCGGGGGGUUCUGGGCGUCCGGGCGGCGUCCGCAUCCGGGGACCCGCGGGCCUGGCUGCCGUCUGAUUGGCUGGCGGGGGAAGGGACCCGCCCACCACGCCCGCGCCGGAGCAGCCAUUGGACCGCGUCAUGGCGCCCGGCCUUCACCAGUCGUAAUGGCUGACGUCUAAUUUAAAUAUGUAAAUCGGAGCUAACGGAUGAGGCGACUCUGAUCGUAAUUAAAAACUUGACUACAACCAAGACGUUAAUUAUAAUUAAAAACUUGACUAUGGGUUGGUUUUUUCCCGGGAAAAUGGAGAAUCACGUUUUUCGUGUAUUUUUGGGUGACGGGCGCUCUUGGUUCGGGGGAGAACGUUUCCUACAGCGAUAAUUUGAAUAUUCAACAUUAAAAAUCUAACGUCUUUGCAGGCGA